AUGGGCGUAAAAGGUAGAGGAAGAAGAGGGGCUAAGGUUGAUUGUUUGUCGGGAGAUCUGAGUUGGGUUCGAUGGAAUGAUGAUGAUGGGGCGGCGGCGGCGGCGGCGGCAGCGGAGGGGAGGUGGUUGGAUGGGAUCGAAUCGAGUCAAGCACAGCAACGAGAGAGAUCGGGGCUGCUGUAUAAUUCCAUUCCUUCGGCGUCCUCUGAAUUCUUCUCUUCCUUCAAACACAGCACAGCACAGCACACCUUUGUCCAAGUCGGCCUUCUGCGACCUAGUUCAAGAGAAGAAAAACGAAUAAGGGAGCAGAGAACGAAAAAAAUCACAAAACUGAAUAAAAAAGAAGAACUCUGCCUGGGUAGCCUGGGUCACCCUGAGGAGCGGGCGGGCAGGCCAGGGACGGCGGCAGCGGCGAUGUAUGAUCUGACCGGCCACAGCGGGACACACUCGAGGAGACGCGGAGCGGAGGGGGAUUCGAGGCGGGCGAAGUUGGAGAGGCUGCAGACUGGUGCUGGCGAUGUCGUCGUCGAGACGGGAAUGAUCGAUGUCGCGAGGCUCCAGAAGUCUUACUUAACCAGGGCCGCUUUGGGGGGGGGAUCAUGCAACUAA